UUUUGGUUCCUCUUCGGGUCUGAUCAGACGCAGGACGACGCAGAAUGGACCACAUCCGCCUCUUCUUUUUGAACGUAUUUCUUUUUUGCACCUGCUCGGCUUCACCCCCGAAUUUCGUCCUGCUUUUCGCAGAUGAUUUAGGUUUCGGGGACUUGGGUUGUUAUGGACACCCCAGUUCACUCACUCCAAAUCUGGAUCGCCUGGCAGCGGGAGGACUCCGGUUUACAGAUUUCUACUGCACCAGCCCCGUCUGCAGCCCGUCCAGGGCAUCGUUGUUGACAGGGCGCUAUCAGACCCGCUCAGGUAUCUACCCAGGAGUGCUGUACCCAGGCUCUAUAGGAGGUCUUCCCCUGAACGAGACCACCAUAGCUGAAGUGUUGAAACCUCUUGGCUAUGCCAGUGCUGCUAUAGGGAAGUGGCACUUAGGAGUUGGAGCCAAUGGCAUGUUUCUUCCAACCAAGCAGGGGUUCGACCAGUACCUGGGGAUCCCCUACUCCCACGACAUGGGACCCUGUAGGAACCUGACUUGUUUCCCUCCAGAUGUUAAGUGUUUUGGAUUGUGUGAUGUUGGCACUGUAACUGUCCCACUAAUGCACAAUGACAUCAUCAAGCAGCAACCAGUUGACUUCCUCGAUCUGGAAAGGGCUUACAGUGACUUUGCCACCAAAUUCAUUACCACAUCAGCCAAGAAAAACCAACCUUUCUUCCUCUAUUAUCCUUCACAUCACACCCACUACCCCCAGUAUGCAGGUCCAGGGGCAGGGGAAUCUUUGCGGGGCCCAUUUGGAGAUGCUCUGUUGGAGUUCGACAACACAAUAGGAAACCUGCUGACAACCUUGGAGAAGACUGGAGUGAUCAACAACACCCUGGUCUUCUUCACUUCAGACAAUGGCCCUGAACUGAUGCGAAUGUCUCGUGGAGGUAACUCUGGCCCCCUGAAAUGUGGGAAAGGCACCACAUAUGAGGGGGGCAUGAGAGAGCCAGCCAUUGCCUUCUGGCCAGGGAUCAUCAAGCCAGGUGUGACUCAUGAGAUGGCCAGCAUUCUAGAUAUCCUCCCUACUAUCGCAAGUCUGGCAGGAGCCACACUACCCCAGGUGAUGCUGGAUGGUGUCGAUAUGAAGGAAAUCCUUGUCAACCAAGGAAAGGGUAAAAGGGAGACAAUGGUGUUCUACCCCACAGAUCCCAGUGAGAUGUAUGGUUUGUUUGCUCUCAGGCUGGGGAAGUACAAGGCCCACUUCUAUACACGAGGUGCUACCCACAGCGGUACCAUCCCAGACCAAGACUGCUCAGUAUUUGCAGUCCUCAAGGCCCAUGAUCCCCCUCUUAUUUUCGACUUGGAGGCUGACCCCUCUGAGAACUACCCUCUCAUCCUGAAGGGAAAACCCGACCUCCAAGCCCUGCUGGAGAAGAUCAAGAAGGUCAAGGAGCAGUUUGAAGCCUCUAUGGUGUUUGGAGAGAGCCAGAUAUCAAAAGGAAUAGACCCGAACCUUGAGCCUUGCUGCAAUCCUCAGUGCAGCCCAAAGCCUGGCUGCUGCCACUGUUGA